AUGUUUGACACAGCUGUCGUUGCUAAAUUCGCCCGUUUUUACUGGGAGAUUCAAUACCUGGAGAAUGAGACAACGGCGUACCAGUGGAUCGAUGGUCACGAUAUUGGGCCGAGAUUUCUGGGCCACUUGGUUGAAGACGGCCGCGUCAUCGGAGUCUUGAUAGAACGAGUCAGAAAUGCACGGCAUGCGGGCAUUGAGGACCUAGAAGUCUGCCAGAAAGCGUUGUCUCGGCUGCAUAGCUGGGGAUCAGACACGGCGAUAUCAAUCGAUUUAAUUUUCUCAUUAGUGGUUCAAGAGCCAUCCUGA